AAGAAGAAGAAGCCAGGCUUGCAACGGAAGCUGCAGCCCUCGAGGAGCUGCCCCAGUUUGCUGGAUGCCACCCCCAGGCGGCCCAUAAUAUCUCGCAGAGUCUGCCCGCACAGGUGGGCUCCUCUGACCUGGCCUCGCGGGGUGGUGAGUGGUCCUGGCCGGCGAGAGCCAUGGAGGUGUGAACCCUCGCCUCAGGAAGUGCCUCUCCUGGAUCGGUUCGGCUCCGUGCACAUGGAUGCUGGGGAUGCCAUGGGGGGAGCGAAGCCUGGCCCAGUGCAGAUUGUGCUGGUGCACAAAGACCAACACUCCUUUGAGCUGGAUGAGAAGGCGCUGAGUCGUGUCCUCUUGGCUGAUGCUAUCCGGGACCUUGAUGUGGUGGUGGUGUCCGUGGCCGGUGCCUUCCGCAAAGGCAAAUCCUUCCUCUUGGACUUUCUGCUGCGUUAUAUGUACACACAGAAAGAAGGGGGCAGCACUAGUUGGCUGGGAGACACGGAUGAACCCUUGACAGGCUUUUCCUGGCGCGGUGGAUCUGACCCGGACACCACCGGCAUCCAAAUCUGGAGCGAAGUUUUCAUUGUGGAGAAACCAAGUGGAAAGAAGGUGGCGGUCGUGCUGAUGGACACCCAGGGAGCUUUUGACAGCCAGUCAACAGUCAAGGACUGCGCCACCAUCUUUGCUCUCAGCACCAUGACGAGUUCUGUUCAGAUCUACAACUUGUCUCAGAACAUCCAGGAAGAUGAUCUGCAGCAGCUACAGCUCUUUACAGAGUAUGGACGCCUGGCCAUGGAUGAGAGCUUCCUCAAACCAUUCCAGACCCUGAUGUUCCUGGUCCGUGACUGGAGCUUCCCAUAUGAGUACCACUACGGCCUGGAAGGUGGCAUGCGUUUCUUGGAAAAGCGUUUGCAGGUGAAAUCUCACCAGCAUGAGGAGAUCCAGCAUGUACGGAAACACAUCCACUCCUGCUUCACCAAGGUCAACUGUUUCCUCCUGCCCCAUCCAGGCCUCAAAGUGGCCACCAGUCCGAAUUUUGAUGGGCGUCUGAAAGACAUUGCAGAUGAGUUUAAAGAACAGCUGCAGAAGCUCAUUCCAUUUGUGCUGGAUCCCAGCCAGCUCUUGGAGAAGGAGAUCAACGGUUCCAAAGUGACCUGUCGGGGCUUGCUGGAGUACUUCAAGGCUUAUAUCAAGAUCUACCAGGGCGAAGACCUGCCUCAUCCCAAGUCCAUGUUGCUGGCUACUGCCGAAGCCAACAACCUGGCUGCUGUUGCUUCGGCCAAGGACAUGUAUUACACCAAUAUGGAGAAGCUGUGUGGCGGGGACAAGCCGUAUGUCGCGCCCGACCUCCUGGAGGAGAAGCAUCGCGUGCAGAGCGCCAUGGCCUUGAAGCACUUCCAGACCAUCAAAAAGAUGGGGGGCAAGGAGUUCAGCCAGCGCUACGAGGAGGAGCUGGUGAAGGAGAUGAACAGCCUCUACGAGGACCUCUGCAAGCACAACCAGAGCAAGAACAUCUUCAACACGUUCCGGACGCCUGCCGCCAUCUUCAGCCUCAUCAUCUCCCUCUACAUGGGCUCCAAUUUCUCAAACUACGUCGGCCUCGGCUUUGUUGCCCAGUUCUGCACCUUUCUCGUAGGGAUCCUCCUCCUCUGCCUCCUGGCCUGGGGCUACAUCCGCUAUUCAGGCCAGUACCGCGAGCUGGGCGUCGUCAUCGACACCACGGCCGAGUACCUGCUGGAAAGGGCCACCAACCGCACAAACAGCUCCACUCAGGUUGCGGAAGCGAGCGGCUCGCAGUCGUCCUCCAGGCCGCCGUCCUCCAGGCCGAGACACAAGGAUAAGAAAAGCAAGUGAGAUCUUAGCAGGAAAGGGAAAGCUACAAACUCGUGGCCCAAGCGACCGUCUCGCUGCAGCCUGCAAACCCAGGAAUCGCUUGCUGGGCUUCUAGAGAGCAACACAGCCUCUGGUUCCGGAUAUUAUUCGCUCCUUUCACAUUUAAUAUUUCUUUCUUUUUUCUUUUUUUAAAAAAGAACUGCUUCCCUUGCUCCCCUCCCUUUUAAUUUUUGUGCACUUUAAAAGAAAAAUCAGCUUUAACGUUCUGUACCAGUUCGUGCCUUGCCUGGGAGCUUUGGGGGGACGACGACACUCCCCCAAACGUCAGGUGCUGAUCUUGUUCCUUCCACUACCCCCUUCUUAUCUCUUUCUGCAUAUUCUUCUUGGGGAUGGGAGGCAGUGGUUAUCUCCCUCCCCAAAAGAACCCGCUCCACCACUACCGGCAGUGAAACCUUCAGUGCUUCAGCUCAUUGCAGCCAUCUUGCUGGCAGGGCUCCUCCUUUGGGGAUCCUUUGCCCCAAAGUGGAAGGUGCGGAUUUUGUGGCCUGUGCCAGGGCCCAAUCCGAAGCAAGCAACUUGUGCCUUUGCGACGCCGAACAAGCACCCUAGUGCCUGUGGCAGCGAAGGGACCCCUCAAUUAGUCCCGCCAUUGCCUUAGAAAACAGUAUCGGUAGGCUUCUUUCAGGGAAGAACUGAUUUAUUUAGCAUCCUGCAGGCGCUGAGACUGCGGUCUCUGUCCUUUUGCCCCCCGUUCCGAUCCUGCUUUCACCCGCAGCUUUUGCUCUCGCGCAGCCGUGAUGCGUUGUGAGGACUGGGGGACCGAGUGUGUCCCUAUGCCAGACUCCAGGCAGGCGUCCCUGGGAACGAUUAGCUGUGUGUGCAACCGAACACCCGCGGCAAUGCUGAAUCCUCUGUUCAGAGGGUUACAUCCAAUGCUAGACCUGCUCAGGAUAGACCCGCAAGACAUGGCUAUCUAUUUCAGUAGGUCUACUCUUGAGUGGGAAUAGUAGGCUGCAACUCUCUGUGUUCCGUAGAAGCGGGGGAUAGCCACCAAUGGUGCCUGCCAGAUGUUGAUGGACUACAACUCCCAUAAUCCCUGUCCAUUUUUCUUGCUGCAUUGGGCUGAUGCUGGUUGUAGUUCUGUGAUAUCUGCACCCUGUUGGCUGCACUUGCUCUCAGCAGCGAUCUGGGAAUGUGCCUAGAUCAGCAACCUGUGACCCAUCAAGCCAAACAGCCAUGUGUGACAGCCUCUUAUUGGGUGGGGGGCAGGUUGCCUGUUUGGCACUUUGAAAAAAAAAGUGUGUGUGUCAAGAUGCAAUCUCCAGUCUGUGGGUUGGGUCAGGCUUGGUUGGACACAGAUUGUGCAAGUCUGCUCUGGAUAUUGACCUGUGAGUCAGGCUGGGAGCAGGCCUAGGAGAUCCAUUGCCUGGACUGGGGAAAGGAGGAUUGGCCAAGCGGGCUCACAGUCUUAAAGUCUUAUUUGAGGGGGGUGGGGAGAGGAAGCAGGCUCCCAUUCUGCACAGUGCUCAAAACAAAGCCCUUAACCCCACUAACCUCCUCUCCCCACAAAACAACGGCUGCCCCACUGUGUGACCGUUAGAAAGUUAAAGUCUGCUUGGAUGCCAGAAAUGUCAGGUCAGAGGGUCCGGUUCUUGUUUCUGUUCCAACGUCUCUCCCUGAUUCCUGUGCCACACCAAUAUAUAUAUAUUCUGCUCAAGGCUCUUAGUUACUCCUGCCUCUUCUCACAUUCCUGGUUUCCUCCUAUCCGCACAGGUUUUAAUAGCUUUAUAAGGCCGGGGGUGGGAGUUCCUUUCUCGGCCUUGCCUUUUGCUGCUUUGCUGUCCCCUUUCCCCUUUGCAGCUGGAAUAAUAUCCUGAUCAAAAAGCACAAGACACUGACAGCUUCUAGGCCCACUGAAUUGCAGAGGGGGAAAUUGGCACCACACGGCUUAAUAUUCAUUUCUGCUCUGCUUGUUAGGGUGGCCUCCAUUGCGUCGUCCCACUGACCUUUCCGUUCCAUAGCUUGCUUGUGUUUUUGGUAAACCAGGUGUGAGGAAACUUUGGCGCUCCCAUCAUCCCUGGCUAUUGACCAUGCUUGCAGGGGCUGAUGGGAGCUGUAGUUCAGCAACAAAGGUUCCCCCCACACCUGCGGGACAGCUUUCCACGGUGCCCCUUUCCCAACGGCACGCUUUGUGUUAACGGUUUACAGUGUGUGUAUGCGCGCGCAUACGGGGUGGGAGAUGAAACAUUUUUCCAAGGCUUUUGAUGGCAGUGAAGCCAUCUGGCGACUUUAGCUAGAGCUCCAGGUGGCUGUAACAUUCCACUUGUUCUGUUGCUCGUCGACGGGUAACUUAACUCUUUCUCACUUGCAUAUAGGGAAACAUUUGCACGAUAACCUGGUUGUGACCAUGGAACGACGUGAGUCGUUCUUGGCCUCAUUGCUGUAACCUUUUGAAGAAAUGGGGGUGUGGGCAACCUGUUUGUGCCAGUGUCUUUUCUAAAGGUUACGCCAGGAGCACAGAACAAGACGGUGCAAGUCUUGUUACCCGCUUUCUGCAACCAGGCAAUGAGUAGUGUCAGCCUGCAUUUAAAUCUCCCUCCUCGCACACUCUUUCCCCCUCUGUAUUGGAUGUAUCGUAUAGCAAGGAGAUGCCGCUCUCUGUGUUACCGCAUACCAGUUGAAAAUGGCUUGCAGCUCAGAUUGGUUAGGAAAGGAAGAAGCUAUUUUCGGCUCCCUUUGGAACACACAGGUUCUACACAGAAGGGAGGGGAGUGUAAAGUUCAAAUCGGGGACCUGCUACUCCCCUGCCCCAAGAAAUAAUUCUGUUGGUAACUGCCCAUGUUAUGUGCUCAUACAGCCAGUUUGCGUGAUCAUUCCUUUCUCUUGUUGAGAGCACUUCUCGUCUUAAGAUCUCCCUCUGUGAGCUUGUUAGUCAUUAUAUUAGAACUUUCAGCCGUGGACCAACGCUGUGGGGGAGGGAAUGUAGAUGCCAAAUCAUAUUUAUAAAGCGCAAAAAAGAAUUGCAUUCCACUUUGCAACUGCAAAAAUAAAGACCAAGAUACUGAAA